AUGGCUCCUCCCCGCGUCCCUCCUAAGUAUCAGUCUGUUGCUGGGGUCGGCCCGCUUGAGCAGGAGAUCACUCCUGACGACAUCAAGAACGCGCUGGCUGCCUGGCAACAGGCCACUCUGGAUCAAAGCACCCUCUCCGACGGGUCCCUUGCGCGCUUGGCCCUCGUGCACAACUUCGCGAGAGGGCGGGAUCUCACGACAAGCGUCGUGAAGACGUACUUUUGGUUUUUGAUCGUCGAGAUGAACAUGGCGCAGAAGUUGAACAAGGGCAACGAGGCCCUGAUGGCGUACCUUAAGCCCGUGCAUAGCAGGCAGAAGCCGGGCGCGAUGUGGGAUUGGGAUUGGGUGGCAAAGCAUUUGAGGGAAGGGUUUCCGGCAGCGUUGGCGCCAUCCAUGAAGAGUCGGCCCGCCGAGUUCUUCGGUCCGCUGAGGUGGUGGACCGCCAUAGCGCGUCUCCACGACAAGGCGCAGCCUACGCGUGGCGACAUCGUCAAGUACUACGACGAACGCCAGCACAAGAGGGACAACGCCGAACGCCAGAGGCAAAUCAAGGAAGCCCUGGCGAACGUUGAAGACGACAGAAGCGGCGACUACAUCCCAACGCCUCCGUCGCGCUCGCCACCUCCGCCGAAGCCCCGCAAAUCGACGUGUGCCACUCCUCGGCCCGCUCCUCAGCCCGCUCACGCGCCUCCGCCACUACCCGUAGCCAGUGGGUUGCAACCCAUUGGCAAAGAUGCUGAUUGGGGUUGCAACCCCUGUUUUGGGUUCCAACCCCUGACUUGCCCACCCUAA